AUGAAGUCGCCACUUUACUCAAUAACAGCACUUGUUCUUGGAGCGCUCGCUCAAAAUGCGACAGAACUAGCGAGCACCUGUCCUGAAGUUCUCGUCUUCAACUCCACCAACAUCGCCUCUCUCGUCCCUUGUACUCUCCUGAAUUAUCGCUGUGGCGUUCAACCCGAAUACAGCUCCCCUAACGGCAGCGACCGCAUCAUCUGGAAUGCUACUGCAAGCGGUCCUCCCGCCGCAGGCUGCACUCCAUAUUCUUUCCAAAUAGAGGUUGACGAAUCCAUCAACGGCUCGCUCUCAAUCCCAAACAUCACCAAUGUUGCAAGCGCAGUAUUCGAGGGAGGUCCAGUUGAGGACUUGAAUCUGACAAGUUUGGCAUUGGAUGAUCUGGUAACCAUUGGCGGGGACUUUUACUUCAAACUGGCAGAUAAUUUGGCGAGUUUGAGUGUGCCUAGGUUGACGAGUGUGGGAGAUCUGGAGUUUCAUUUGGGAGGGGAAAAUCCGGCGAGCAUCGAUUUGAGUUUUCCAAGUUUGGUGAGUGCUGCAAAUGGAAUAAUCCUGGAGGGGAAUAUUGAUUCUAUCGAUCUUCCGGUCUUGAGCUCGGCUUUCGAAGUCAAUAUCACCUCAACUGGUAAAUUGGACUGCGUAUCUCUGGCUAAGAGCGUGGUGGAUACCCUUGUGCCCGUCGGGAAAAGCGCCAACAACACGGUGAUAUGUAAUUCGCCACAGGGUAGUGUCACGACGUACAAAGCGGCAAAGCCAACAAGUGGCAGUGAGAGGAGUUUUCGAUUGAGAGGGGACUUGAAAGUACUUGGAGCAUUCCUUGGUUUAUUAAUCAUUACUUCAUGCUGA